GCAGCUCCCAGCUCUUAUCCAGUGCUUCAGUCAGGCGCCUUCUCUGAGUCUCUGGGAGUAUAUAACAUGCCAUCAGCAUCUCCCGGCACCAGUCGGGUUGAAGCAAUGUAUACGUGACAUUGACCGCCCAUGAAUGAAAUAUCGCACUCAGGCGUACAACUCGUAGUGGAAACGUGCGUAUGGAUAUUGGAUGUGUUGAUGUAGCUCUGACUCCGGAUUAAUGUUUAGAAACUGCGAGUGUUUGUUUGUAGUGUUUUGAAAUAGAUCUCGGAGGACGAAAUUAAAUAACCUUCACUGUGGAUAAAACGUUCCCUAUCAGGCAGAUGGUAGAAGACAGAGAAUUUGUCAGUUCGGUCAAGUGGUUGUACUCUCCUUACAUUCGCCAAAUCUAUUUGGUUAAUGUAUGUGAUACACAUUGAUGUUUGUCAUGGACAUCAAGAGUGAAUUCCGGGUUUGCAACUUUGGUCUGAACCACAAUGAACCUCAAAGAUUUGUCACAUCACAGUGGGGCCACCCUCGUCUCUACCUGUCCUGGAGGAUAUUCUGGGCUCUGUUUCAUACAUCGUGGCUGGUCAUUAGCAUGGUGUCUUCGACCAAAGUGACGUCAUCACCGCUAGGUGGCGCUGUGUGGUUCAUCUACCUCACGAACUGGACCUACCUCCUGCUGACCACGAGUACUGUCCUGGACGCAGUCACCGUGGUGUUCGUCAGGAUCAACAGACAGGAAAUUAUACAUGGUUUCACGUCACAUCUACCCUGGCACCUGAAAACAUCAUGGCUCCUCAACAGUGUCGUCACUGAAGGGAGUUUACACAUUAGCGCCAUCUACUGGAUCUUCAUUUUCAAGGAUCAAAGUCUGACACUACUGAGAUUCAUCCUCCACGGUAUGAACUCCAUCUACGUCUUGUCCAACCUCUUCAUAACCGCCAUGCCAGUACGUGUGUAUCACGUGAUCUACCCAGUUAUCUAUGGCGUCAUCUACACAGUAUUCAGUGUCGUUUAUCACAUACUUGGUGGGACCAAUGAUAAGGGAGAAAGGUACAUCUACAAGAUUCUUGAUUGGUCCAACUUGAAGCGGACUCUACCUCUCGUGUUUCUGAGUACAUUUGUGGCUCUACCAUGUUUGUAUUUAGUUGUCUUCUUUAUACACAAACUGAGGGUAUACAUGCAUUCAAAAUGUCUGACAAACAGCGAGGAUACACGAUUUCUUGAUUCGUCGACUGAAAAAAGCGAUAGUGAAUGUGCACGUGUUUGGAGGUCUGUAUAUAAUCGAGUUACCUGUAUACAUACACGCCGCAAGACAGGAAGCAGUUGGGGAGAAAGCAGUAUAUGCCUUUGA